AUGAUAUAACCGAUCACGAUUUUAGGGACUUGGUCAUUGGUCGGAGUAGCAGAUUGUUGAAACGUCACACAACAAGUGGACCUCUCCGGGAUUUGAGGUCUAUUCUUUGCAAUCGCCUGAGCCAACUGACAAGAAUGGAUCCCACGUUUGAGAUUGGUCUUGAGAUAUCUGAUUCCGCAUAUCUAUUCAAGCUUCUCGAAGGUCAUGAUGAUUCAAAUCUUGAGUUCAAGAACAUUACCCAAAAAGCUGCCAGAGGAGCAGCACUGUUGCAGGAAGGAGUGAAGCUGGUGAGAGAAGUGCAAGACCAACUCAA